CCAAUAGAAGCUGAACCACAAGCCUUCACCAUGUCGGAAGGUACCAUUACCAAUUCUGUGGAAGGCGAAGAAACAAAACCCCAAGAGGAGCCAGGCUUCGUCAGUUUACUCGUCAAGUCUGUCUUUGAGCCUGGUGUGAAUCCUGCUGUGGUUAUGGCUAUGAAUGGGUGCUUCUUCCUCCUCAUCCUUACCCUUUUCGCUCUUGCUUUCUUGACUCAAUGGAACAAGCACGUCCUUCUUUUGCUCGCUGUCACUUUACUACUCUGGGGAUCUAUGGCUUGGUUCGUCUUGGAGCUCACUCGUGUACAAAGCCGACCGAAUAACAUGCCUCCACCCAUUGACCUCGACUCUUUAAAAGAUAGCCCUGCAGACGAGUCAAAGAAGGAACAAUAAACAUGUCAUCGCAUGCAAAUAGACAUGCACUGCUAUA